CUAGCCUGUUUGCGUAGGUCAGCGUCAAGUUCUCGUUCUGCGGGAAUCAUGCUCCUGCUGUUGUAUAUAAAAGUCGUCUAUAAUAUGAAAUUUGCCAUUCUAUUCCUUGCUACGCUUGAAACUCUCAGAGCUAAUUUUUCGUUAGAAGAACUUCUCCGUUUUCCUGCCACUUAUCAAGAAUGGCUUGAACAGCAGCAGAACAACAAGAUGUCGCGACCUGUGAGAACACACUACGUCAGACACACACCUGCUCGACUUAACUCCACCAAAAACUUUAAGUUUCUGAUAUUCAAGCCGGAAAAACUCCCGAAGAGGAUAUGAUCCUUGCAAUAGUAUAGUUCUCCUCAUCAGGAGAACGACUAUAUGUUGGUUUUUUUCAGUUUCAUCCAAUUUUGUACCUGUUUUUCGAACUGCUAUUUUUGAAGGAAAAACUUGUCGUGAACGUUGUAUCGUCUUUUCCGACAUUAUCUGCUGG